AUGCAAGGUGGAGAUGGUAAUUCCCCGGGGUAUGGAGACCCGGGAUACGGCAACUUCCCCAAUCAGACGUGGAGUCCGUACUCGCCCCAAUUCCGAGUCCAGCCAUCCCAGCAGAGGAACUUGGUUCGCCAACCAUCGGGGUUCGGGGACUACCGACCGAAUAUGGACGCGAUCAACAACCCGUCCCUGCAAUUCCAAUCCUCCCAAUUCCAAUCCUCCCAAUUCCAAUACUCCCCGUCUCCUCUGUCUGAAUCUGAUAGAUUCACAAGGGAACAGUUGAUGGGUACACCGGAGACCCCGACAUCCGGUAGUGUGGAGAUGGAGGCCCCCACCGGGGGUCGCCGAACCGGCGGUGGUGGGGGGCGAGGUGGCGGCGGUGGGAGUGGGAGGCGAGGCGGCGGCGGUGGGAGGCGAGGCGGUGGCGGUGGCGGUGGGGGGCGAGGCGGUGGCGAGCAUGGGCCCACCGGCGGCGAGCGAGGUGGAGACAGAGAGCCGGCCACCGGCGGUGGCCGAGGCGGUGGUGAUCGGCGAGGCGAGAAGUAUAACGACGACGAAUCCCUCGCUGUUGCGCGGGCAUGGGAGGCGGUCACGACGAAUCCGGUCAUCGGUACGGAUCAGACCGACAUUUGCUUCUGGAGGCGCGUCCUGACGGUGUACAACGGCUUCAAACCAGAAGGCAGUGCCGGACGUGAUGAAGGCCAGAUCCGGAAGAAGUUCGGCCGGAUCAGUAGAGCUGUGAAGAGGUUCAGGAACAUUUACGAGAGACAGCUCCAGAAUGCCGAAAGCGGCCGCAGCGAAGGCGACGUACGAGCGUUAUCGUAUCAGUUGUUUAAUACUGAACGCUGA